UUCUGCCUAACUGGUUGUGAGAAAGAGAACUCAUCUGCCGUUAACAUAAGUUUAGCGUUACUACUGGUAUUAUGACAUCGCAAGCAAUUCUUCUUUUGCUGCUUAUCAUCUUAAUACAACAUGAAACUGGUGKCACAUGGUGGCAAAAUAGAAGAAGGCGACGUUAUGUACCACCUCCUUGUCGUCCUACAAAUUGCCAGGUCGGCCAAUGGUCUCAAUGGUCGGGAUGCACACACCGAUGUGGGUAUUCAGGAAUACAGUCUCGAAAUAGAAGCAUACUUAAAGCAGCAUCUUGUGGUGGACAAUGUCCAUAUCAUCUCAGUGAAAGAAGGGCGUGUAACAGAAAUGCAUGUCAAAAUGGCGGCACACCUGCAGCAACAAACUGCAAAUGUAAAGCAGGUUUCACAGGAACUUGUUGUGAAAUGUUUGACAAAUAUGGCAAAGCCGGAUCGCAUGACUCAGUUCAAAUACUGACUAACAGUACUGCUCAGUGUGACAAGAGCAAUCCACAAGAAUGUAUUGGUAAAAGUGAUAUCAACUACGUUUACUGCUUGCAGUAAGGCUGUAACAGCAACACUUCUAUGAGGUCAGCAAACAUGACCCGGAAAGCUGGAUAGUAGUAUAUAAUGUAGUAUAGGGGACAGUGAUUAAUAAAGUCAUAAUAAAGAACCU